ACUCCUCUGCCCGUCCCCGCAAGAAGGUAGGGUCGGCCUCUUCCCACCUGCCCCAAAGCGUUCGUCCCCUCGGAUCAAACCAUUGCGCCUACCGACCAACCUCUCCUGCGUAUAAUCCGCUUUUGGCAAGAGGGUGAAAUUACUGGGCAAUAUGGGAUCUACAACCCUACGGAGCUGCGUAUUCAUCUGGAAGGAAGCCAGUGUGCGAAAGCGAGAGGCUUCAAGAUUUUGCCCUCCUUCACAGUCUUGCCACGAUUGGAUUGGUCCUCCUGAUCGAUGUUCAAACCUCCGACCAGUAAUAUUUUAUAUAUCCAAACACGAAUCCCCAUUGGAACGAAGGCUUAGAGAGCUUAGACAGGAAACUCAGGUUUGGAAUCAACAGUUCUGGGCAGACCAGAAUAUAUCAUUUAGAAAGGAAAAAGAAGAAUUUGUCUAUUCCAAAUUGAAAACCAAAGGUCUACAACUGAGAGAUGAAAAAGGCCAGAAAAUAACAUUGUCUGCAGAAGAAAUGGCUGAAUUUUACAAAGCCUUUUUAAGUAAAAACUUUAAAAAACAUAUUUAUUAUAACAGAGAUUGGUAUAAACGAAAUUUUACCAUCACAUUUCUCAUGGGACAAGUGGCAUUUGAGAAAGCUUGCAAGAGAUUUGGAUUGAAAAAGUGAAGCUGAAAGCUAGUAGGUCACAGUGCUGCAUAUAUUUGAUGAAAGGCCUAAUUAUUACUGGAAUCUAAGUGGCAACCAUGGCUGUUUCUUAAAAUCGGAUAUUUGAAGCUACAUGAAUGCAAGUUGAACAGCACUUCUCAUUCUCCUUCAACGAAGCCAACGACCAUUGUUUGUGCUACAGAAUCUUAGUUAAAAGCUUCCUUGGUGAGAGAUGAACUGCACCAAAUUAUGGAAUCUUUCUUCCUGAUUUGAAAAAUAUGCCUGUAUGCUCCAUUAUUUCAUUGCCAUCUUGAUCUACAAGCUGGCACUUAUGUUCCAGAGCAAAUAUUUUGUAGUAAGAAAAAGGAAAGCAUGUGAGCUACACUUCAGGUAAACUUGGGCAGGGUGGGGUGGGAUUAAAUUAUACAGUCAAACCUCGGUUGUCGAACGUAAUCCAUUCCGGAAGCCUGUUCA